CGCCCCUAUACCUGCAUAACCAGCCACGCCUCUCUUAUCCAAUCUCGGACUUGCCCGCUACGCCACUUUCACUUCAUCACGUCCGGCGCUGCAUGCUGCGUCAUGCCCCUCUUUUGCUUGGAAGGCCCCACCGUCGCCUCUCUUGGUACAGUAUAUUUGUAUUUGCGUAAGGAAUCCACCCGCCCUCUUUUUCCUUGAGGAACGCCUCCUUCCUUUACGAGAGCUUUCUAGAGAGGAUGUGUAAGGGAUGACGUUAGAGGAUAAUUAAAGACACAAUUCGAGGACAAAUUUGGUUGGAAUGCCAAGAACCAGCAGGGGUCACAAUGCGAUAUACUAAGGCAAAGGUAUUCCUGAACAUGGACAGAAUGUUUUAAAAAACAUAAGUACUACAGUUAAAGGUUGCCCGCUUUUAAAAAUCGCUUAACAGAGAUAUUGUGCCUUGUUGCAUGGCAGGCAGAAAUUCAUCAGGAGAAGAUGUCUCAGAAUGGAAAUGCAGUGAACAGAAGGAAAACUUUGCUCAGCAAAACAAAGAUUACUGUAACAGUGGCUGGAGUUCAUCCUGUCUAUGAUGCAGUUGGAUCCUGCUGCAGUUCAACCAUCUCCAGCAAGGCGUAAAAUCAAUGGCAAUGACGAAGCAGCAUUUAUUCGGAAGCAGAAACUGGAAUUCCAGCGCCGUAUCAUCGAAAAGAAGCAACGCCGUAAGCGGCAGGAGCCACUCAUGGUUCAGGUGAACACGGAUGCCAAGCUGAAGGGGCGCCGUGGGAGGCGCAAGCCCGAGGAACACAUCCCACUCAUGGAGUCUUGUAGUGAACACAGCCUGUGCAAUAGUACAAACAACCCCUUCCUUGUCGAAUCUGUCCCGGAGGCCCAUCUUGGCAGUAAGAUGUGGGGUAACUCUGUGCAUAUGAACCGGACACACAGCGGGCAAGGAGAAAGCCAGGCAACUUGUCCAGAUUUCUUCGAUGAGGAGGAGCUUGAGGCAGAGCUCGAGGUGGCCAUUUUGGAAGAAACCCAGCCAAUCAACAAGAACGAGGCAGCUCCCAAGAACGGCUGGCAGGCCAAGCAAAGAGAAGGGCGACCCAACGUCCAGCGGCGUGGCCAGGCUUCCAAGUCAAAGAAGGAAGUUGUAUCCCCAGGACAAAAUGUUUCUUCUACCAUUGUGGACAUGGAAGGUGAGACUCCUGAUUAUGAAUUCCAGGCUUCCCAGCUGGAAAAGGAAGUCUCAUCCCCAAUACAGAAAGUUCCAUCUAUCAUCAUGGAUACGGAAGCCCAUAUAGUUUUCAAGAAUGACCCCCAGAAAGAAGACACGGACAUGGAGUCUACAGAGUUCAAGGACGCCACCAGUGAAAUAUGUAAUGUUGACACACCGCACAGUAUUUCUGAAAGUGAGGGGGAGUCAUCCCAGGAGCUGACUGUGCCACGUGCACCCAUGAAAGAGCCCUAUGACCGGAUGCUUGUGCACAGAGGGUCUCCCACCAAUGGAAGGAGAAGCCUGAGUGAGGAAGAGGACAAAGAUGAAGGCGAAGAUGAUGAAGAUGAAGACUUCAAGGACAAGGACCAAGACAUCCUCAUGUAUUUCCGUGAGGAAAUUGACCUGCCUGCUUCUCCAAAUGAGGAAUCCAGCACCUCUUUGUCCCUCAAUUUGGACGACCUAGAAGCAUUUGUACUGAAAUCCGCUCCUCAAGGCAGCACAAUCCAGUGUCGCAUCACACGGGACCGGAAAGGGAUGGACAAGGGCAUCUUCCCCUUCUACUACCUGCAUCUUGAGAUGGAAAAUGGAAGGAAGCGAUUCAUCAUGUCUGGACGGAAGAGGAAAAAAAGCAAGACCUCCAAUUACCUCAUUUCCCUGGACCCCAUUGAUCUGUCACGGGAUGGAGAGAACUACAUUGGAAAAGUCAGAUCCAACGUGCUGGGAACCAAAUUUACUGUGUUUGACAACGGGAUCAACCCAGAUAAAAAAACUUUUGUUCCAGAAACAGCCCAGCUGCGGCAAGAGCUAGUAGCUGUUUGCUAUGAAACCAACGUACUGGGAUUCAGGGGCCCACGGAAAAUGACAGUCAUAAUUCCUGCUAUGAACUCAGAGAAUGAGAGGAUCUGCAUCCAGCCUAAAAAUGAGCAUGAGACCUUACUGACCCGAUACCAGAACAGGAACAUGCAGAACCUGAUCAAACUCCAGAACAAGAUGCCGGCUUGGAACGAGGAGACCCAGUCGUAUGUGCUCAACUUCCACGGGCGCGUCACACAGCCCUCUGUGAAGAACUUCCAAAUUAUCUCAGAAGAAGACCCUGACCACAUUGUGCUACAGUUUGGUCGUGUGGCACCUGAUGUGUUCACCAUGGAUUACCGAUUUCCUCUCUGUGCAGUUCAGGCCUUUGCCAUCUGCCUGUCCAGCUUUGAUGGGAAACUUGCUUGCGAAUAGAGGGCCAUCCUGCCAAUUCCUGACAUCCAACCUCUGUGGCUUUGCCCCAGAUUGCUUCCUGCUGCUUCGUAAAACUGGACAUUAUCUGUUUUGCUUUCAGUAUUGCCCAACUUUUACCUCCGACCUUCCCGUCUUUUGUCAGGGUGGACCUCCACAUGACCUGUUACCGUCAAGCUGGCAUGUGAUAUCCCUUUGUUCCUCCCCAUUUGAAUCCCUACAAGCCAUUUCCUGCCAAGGUAUCCUCACCAUUUCCUAUAACCCCUGACCUUUGACUUUCCUCCCCCUUCUGGUGUGGUUCUGAUUUUUCAUUUGCUCUGACUCCCCCCCCCCCACUUUGCAACCCGAUUGCCGACCUAUGUCCCUUAACCUUUGAACUUCACUACUUUGGUUAAGGCUUGUUAGGUCCUAACUCCCACUCCCCUUCAAAACUAAAACGUUAGUAUCCAUCUACAGAAGAAACAUACCAUCUCACUGGAUGUGGACCAUCGCUCCGUUAUUGAAGAAACAACAAAACAUUUGAAGAAACAGCAAAUUCUGCCAGCUUCAUGAAUUCAGAACAAGGGAAGGGGCAGCCAUUUUGAAACUAUGGGCUGAAGCUGCAACCCCACCUGUCUUCCCUUCUCUAUCAGAUUGGGUAAUAGAUUGGAAAUAAAGCUUACCCAGAGAUC